AGAUUCACUACUGAGACCUCUCGAGUCCUCAUGCUCUGCUGCUGUCCUGUGUGGCAACAUCUUGUCUCCUCAGCUGGGUCAUAUCAAGGUUGGGAUUCAAAAUUUUAGGCUAUUACAGCUUUACUGGAGAUCUAGUAAGAAAACUUGAACCAUGAAUGUGUGUAUUUGAUAGAAAUCAUUUUCUUUAAAGCUGCUCUAAUCAGUAUCUUAUAUUAAAGGAAUAGUUUGACAUUUUGGGAAAUGUGCUUUUUGCUUUCAUUUGCUUUCAUGCUAAGUAUUAGAUGAGAGGAUCGAUGCCACUCAUGUGUCUGUAAAGUAAAUAUGAAGCUACUGUACAGCACCUCUGAAACUCACGAAUUAAUUAUUUAAUUCUUGUUUGUUUAAUCCGUACAAAAACCACAUUGGAAAAACCACAAUUUGUAGUUUUUGGCUGGUAAGUUUUACGCUUUGUUCUUUUUUUUUGUAGCUUCGGACCAGGCUUUUGUAGCUUCGGACCAGGCUUAGCAUGAAAGCUGUUUCCACCUACUUUCAGUCUUUAUGCUAAGCUAAGCUAACCAUCUGCGGAUAGUACUUUUACUGUAUUUGUUCAGUCUUACCCCUCUGAUCAGCUUAUUGUUUACAGACGAAGCCCUGAUAAACCCACUGUAUACUAAAAAUCAGUUAUUGCAGGUUUGAACCUCCAUUAACUGAUUUUUUGCCCACUUGGGAGGCAGCAGAAACAAGCUGUAAACACAACACUGACAUAUUAUCACCUUAGAAACAAGUGAACACAGCAUUGACUUUUAAGUUGUCAUGGCGAACUCGUCAGCAAACAAUUGCUUAUUUACACAUACAGCAGUUACGGAACAACAUUAUCAUUCAUUUGAAGUUCAUUCUAUGUUCACUCUCUUUUAGCUCAGUUUUUGGUCUCUACCGACUCCUGAGGGAAAUAUCUGACUCUUUAGCUGCUAAAUGCUUCGCUAUGUUCACCAGCUAGUCGCUAACUGUGCCAGUGGGUUUUUAGAGCUUUUUCACUGAAAACAGCUGCCUGCUGCGGCCAAAAACAAUGCUAUGAGAGCGCUGAGAGUGAACCAAAACAGUAAAGUUGCAGGUCGGACAGCUAAACAAUGAGCUGAAACUCGCUAUGAAGCUCUGGAAAGCCAAGUGGAGCUGCAGAUUCAGGUGAUUCUAUUAUUCUGUGCAGGUUCAUCACUAUGAGCCCUUUCACAUUGUCAUUUGAUACGUUGUUGAUAUAAAAGUAACAAUUAUAACCGCUUUCAGGUGGUUAGCAAACAUUUAAGCAUUGAUUAGGCUACAGAGCCCCCUCACACGCUGUUGAUUUAGCACUGUAAUGUAUAACUGCACAUUGUGAAUUUCUUUCAUUUCAUUUCUUAGUUCCAAGAAACAAUAAAGCCUCUUUUUUCAGUCAGUCUUGACAUCACUGUCCAACAACUAUAAAGUCCAGAGUGCAAGUCUGUCUAGAAUCCAUGGAUACAAGCAACAGCAGUCCCUUGUCCCCUCAUUUAAAAGGCUUCAGCUUUGAAAAGGAGAAGAAGAGGAGGAUGCAAGGGAGUCCAAACUUCUUACUCCCUGGGAUCUUUGGAAUAAACCGAUGCUUUAAAGCACUGCUGGUGGCAGUACUACUGGAGCUUAGCUGCAGUCAGGACCAGAAAAUGUUUGUCACUAUCCUGUUUGGAGACAGCAGGAUGGAAAUGUUCAACCUCAACUGUAAGCUGAUAAACUUCAUCCAUCAUUUAAAGGAGAGGUGCGGUCUGGGCUUCAAAGAGUGGGUGGACCUGAUGGACAGCAGUGGCAGAGUGAUGAACCUGGAGGGGAAGCAGCGAAGUGUGGCUCUGGCCAGCAGCGUGCUGGUAGAGAGACAACACUAUGUCCUCCUGCGAGUAUGCCGAGAUGAUGAUACUGGAGAUCGGAAAUAUGUGUCUCUCCUAAACAACUUCAGCCAGAGUCAUCCUGAGUUAACAGAGCUGCUGAGGAAACUGUCAAACCCCGAUAAGGAGCGAGACAAAAAGACCAGAGGAGGACGGACACAGAAGAACAGUCCUGCCAAACAAACCAGGAGCAAAAACAUCUGCGCAAAUAACAAGAGCCACCAAAUAAAAUAGUGUCAAUAUGUCAUGAAAGACUUUAAGUCUGAUUGCUGUAGAAAACCUGAAACAACACAAAAACACAUUAAUAGAAUAGCUACAUCCUGUAUCUAUGCAAAUAAUCUGUUAAAUGCAUUGAAUAUAGGACUUCAGCAAAUGUAUGUUUUGUAUUUUAGUAAUCUGUACUACCAACUGAGUUAAGUAACUGUAUAUUAGGAGAUGGUUGAGAUCGUCUUCAAUGAAAUGACUGUGUGAAUGCCAUGAAUACAAGUUUCAUUUUGUUUAUUCUUUUCAUAGCUUCAAUCUCUCAGUUGCACAAAGGACCAGUGGUGGAAGAAGUAUUCAGAACCUUUACUUAAGUAAAGGUACUAGUACAACAAUGCAAAAAUACUCUGUUACAGGUCAAAGUCCUGCAUUCUAAAUCCUACUUAUGUAAAAGUACAAGAUCACCAAACUGUACUUAAAGUAAAAGUACUUGUUCUGGAGUAAAGGUUCCCUUGACUGGCACAUUAUUACAUAUUGCAUAACUGAUGCAUUAAUGAGUAAGCAGCAUUUUACUGCUGUAGCUGCUCGAGGUGGAGCUAGUUUUAACUACUUUUUAUACAGUUAGCUAGUUUAGUCCAGUGGUUCCCAACCUAGGGUUCGGACCCCUCCAAAGGGUCACAAGAUAAAUCUGAGGGGUCAUGAGAUGAUUAAUGGGAGGAAAAAAAAUAGUGAUACACAAAUCUGAAUUUAUAUUUUGGAUUUUUCUAUAAUCUUUGCUUUGUUGUGAAAUACUGGAUACUUUGACUUUUUUGGGCCUCAUACACAGACUGAAAUGAAACCAUGUGAGAAGUUUAGAAGGGAAAUGUCUCUGGUGCAAAUGCUCAUAGAUGAAACACAAGCAUUGCAUGUGUUGUAAAAUAUUAAUCUGAAAAGUAACUAGUACCUAUAACUACAACUGUAACUAUAGCUGUCAAAUAAAUGUAGUGGAGUAAAAAGUACAAUAGUUCCCUCUGAAAUGUAGUGGAGUAAAAGUAAGUUGUAUAAAAUGGAAAUACUCAAGUACAAGUACCUCAGAUUUUUACUUAAGUACAGCUCUUGAGUAAAUGUACUUCCACCACUGCAAACUGCUUCAACCACAAAGGUUUUAAAACAGUCAACCAGUCACCUUCAGACUGCUGUAGAAAUCUCAAAGGCAAUGCUACUGGAAAGAUGAACAUUUCUGUAAUAAAUCACAGCUUUGAGCGUUAUUGAUGAUGUCACAGAGAGAGCCAAUACAAUAAAUCAUCUCCAAUAAUUUCA